CCAUUAACCCCAAAGUCAUAUAACUCUUCUCUAUGUGCACCAUUUCCUAGUGUGCUCGUGUGCCUAAAAAUAUUUUAACCCCUCUCUCUCUCUCUCUCUGUCCCAAUUUUCACUCAAUCACUCACUCUCUUAUUCUAUUUUUUUGGGUGAAAUACAGUCUCUUAUUCUCUACCAAACCCAAAAAUGGCUUCUGGGGCUGGCAGUAAUGGCUCUGGCACUGGCUCUCCUUGUGGGGCAUGCAAGUUUCUGAGGAGAAAGUGUGCCUCUGACUGUAUCUUUGCACCUUAUUUUUGCUCUGAGCAAGGGCCUGCUCGAUUUGCUGCCAUUCACAAAGUGUUUGGUGCUAGCAAUGUGUCCAAAUUGUUGUUGCAUGUCCCUGUUCAUGAUCGUUGUGAAGCUGUUGUCACAAUUGCCUAUGAAGCUCAAGCAAGAAUCAGAGAUCCUGUUUAUGGAUGUGUGGCUCACAUUUUUGCCCUGCAACAACAGGUGGCAUGUUUGCAAGCACAAUUGAUGCAAGUAAAGGCUCAACUGGCUCACCAGAGCCUUGUUGAUUCAAGGAACAUAGAGAGCACUCAGUGGCCAGGGAAUGUGAACGGAGUCACAAACUUUCCAAAUUAUCCAAGUUACAUGAAUCCUAUUUCACCUCAGAGCUCGCUUGAAUCCAUUGACCACAACUGCAGUGAUAUUGCUAUGAAUAUGCAGGAGAUACAAAGCAGCAGAGAUGAGUUCUCAUACCAAGCUUGUUCUAAGAAGAGACCAUACAAUGGUGACUUGGGGGAGCUUCAGGCACUGGCCCUCAGAAUGAUGAGAAACUGAAUCAAUCUGUCAUCAUGUUUCUUUCAAGAUUAUGAGUCAUAUGACUGGUCUUUCAGAUGUGCUAUGCCCAAAGAUGUAUAUACUGAGCUUGUCUUUUUGUUUGAAGAACAAGAAAUUAGCACCUUAAGUCA